CCGGUGCUUCUGUCCGUCGCUGCCUCCGACGGCUCCGGUGUCCCGGUGCCCAUUUGAGCUGCUCCUCCUCCGCGGAGCACGGUGCCGCUCGUGUCGGCGACACGUUCCUCGUCUCGCGAAAGUGUGCAGGACAAUCCGGCCGGGGUUCCAGCUCCGGUCUAGUCAGAGCCAGAGGGGGACUCUACACGCAAAUACGAGGCCCUCACUCCAUCCCCGGAUUCACCUGCUUCGCGGAGAAGCUUCGCACGGAAGAGACGGACAUGGGGGACACGGGGAGCGAGGGCAGCAAGCCGCCGAGUAACGUCAGCGUUGUACCACCGCGCUGCCCCUGUGGAUUCUGGGGGUCGAGCAAAACCAUGAAGCUUUGCUCAAAAUGUUUUGCAGACAUUCAGAAGGAGCAGCCAGACAAUGACUGUGCCCCAAAGGCCUCCUCAAGCUCCAGCUCCAGCAGCAGCAGCAGCAGCCAAGCAGACAUCUUCUGUAAUGAAACAAACAGCAGCAUUAGUCAGUCACUGAUGUCGAUGCCGAACACGUCAGAGGAGCCGUCCCCAGGAGAGACGGCAGUGACAUCUCUACCUGCCCAGGACGAAGUAUCCAGCACAGACACAGUCUUUGGGUCACUCUCCACCCCAACAAAACGCUCCUUUGAGUCAGCCUCUGAGUCGGAAAGCGAUGCUUCACCUGAGAAGCGAGCCAGGGUGGGUGUGGUGCCAGAGAGUGAGGAGUCUUUAUCAUCGUCGUCCUCAUCCUCCUCUCGCGGUGGCUCCAAACAGCGGAGCCGCAAACGUUGCCACCGCUGCCAAACCAAACUGGAGCUGGUUCAGCAAGAGCUGGGUUCCUGUCGCUGUGGUUACGUCUUCUGUAUGCUCCACCGGCUCCCGGAGCAACACGACUGUCUGUUCGACCACUUGGGCCGCGGCCGCCAGGAGGCCGUCUUGAAGAUGGUCAAGCUCGACCGCAAGGUGGGCCGCUCAUGCCAGCGCAUCGGGGAGGAAUGCUCCUGAAGAAUCUCAGCGAUCGGACAGUAUCUUGGCACUAACAGGGAUUUGAUUUUUUUGGGUCUCUUAUUUUCUCAAGAUUUCUGCAGGUUUUUUGGAUACAAACCUCCACUUGUUUCUUUAAAUUAUGCUCCUUUCUUUUACAUCCCACUGUUUUCCCCACAUCUGGGUCGUUUCCAGCUUCUGUUUGCUUGAUCGUAUCCCUGCUGCUAAGAUGCCUUUUGGAACAUACUCAUACCCAGGAAUUAAAGAACAGUAAAAAGAGUUAAGGAAAUAUCCUCUCCACAUUUUUUGCAAGCGCCAGACUUGGAAGUGUGAGUGGAGCAAGAACGAAUUAACGGAUGAAGCGAGGAAUUACAAACGUUUGUCCUGGAAGCCAGUUUGAGACUGUACUCUUUACCUCAAAAAAUGAAAAAGAAAAACACGCAACAACCAAGAAUGACGAGGAUCGAGGAGUAAGGGAUGGUCACCCUUUUUGUGUAGACUUUUGCUUUGGUGCUGUUAAUGGACUGUUCUUUACCUCAGAGUCAGACAGAGCUGCUUUCUACUCUGCGCCAAGCAUGGACUUUGUGAAGCCAACCAAGAUAGCCAGCCUCAGUUUAAGUCAGUGUCUUACCCCUCCGGCCGUCCUCCACCUUUAAUCCUUAACCUUUAGAAACACAAACACCUGGUAAUCAUCCACCUCAGGAUAUCAGAGCCCGUUGUUUGCCCUUCCUCCCAACAACUCUUUCUCACCUUCAAACCUUUGUCUUCAGAUCGUUGUGAAGUUGUUCUCCCAGUUGUAAACAAUAAACUCCAAAUUCAGAAGCCGCAGUGUGAGUCCAACUCAAACACACACACACACUGAUAGUGGGAACCGCGAGCUACUCGUCCUUGGAUUGCACACAGAUCUGUCUUCAACGAUGGGGUGUGAUUGAUCCAAGACUCAAUUUGUCGAGGAUUUUUCCUGUCUUCCUUUUUUUGUCUCAACCUUAAUCUUCCUUAUCCUCCACCUGAAGACAUUUUCUCUUCCCGGCCAUCGUCUUUAUUUCAGCAACAUGUGGAUUACGUGUGCUGGAUGUGUGCAAACUUCAGGAAGAAGUACAUUUACAGGACGUGGCGGACAAGUGUGCUUGUAUGGUUUAUGACUGGACCUGGAACGUCAGCAUUGUACACAUCCUCACAUCCCCUGAAGUUGUUAUAUGUGCUUAGCUGUUGUUCUCUUUGAGCACAAACGGGCAAAGUGAAAGACGGCGGCAGAGUUUGGACUGAAGCAGAAAUUGGCAGAGCAUCACUCAGAGAUGCCUGUUGGACUUUGUUGCUGUUCAGGUUUCCUCUUAACUUCCUAGCCCUUCAUUUCACUUAUCGACAUUGUUUAAGGUCAUUUCUCCAAUAGCUUUGAAACAAGGCUUACUAUUAUUUUGGUUUCAUUCUUCUUCCCCGUACAUAAAUGCUCCUUUUUCCCUCCCUCUGCCCCAUGCUUUAAUUUCCUGCUGGCAUGAUGAGCCCACAUCCUCCUCCUGCCUUUGACUUUCCUUUUCUCAUCUUCCUCUUUAUUGAUUGCUCUGCUUUCCCCCUUUCCCCUCCUCCUUUUCUCCUCACUGCCUCUCCACUACUGUCUUUCUUGUUUUGCUGAAAAUGACGAAAGAGGGAUGGGGUGAGCGAGUUGAAAUCAGCAAAUAAUUCCUGUCUCAAUGUGUUCCUCGUGGAAAAGAAUGAGCAGAAAAUGCAUAAUGAAAAAAAUAUUCUGUAUUUUAUGGAAAACCUUAUUUAACCCUUUUUUUGCAUUGCAGAUUUAGUUACACUUUAGUGUAGAGCUGCCUUUGUUUUGGUUGUAAUGUCAUAUGAUGGGAAGAUGAACGUGGAAAAUUCUGAAUUUGUGUUUCCAUUGCAUUACCCUCUGCUCCCCCUUUCCAAGUUUUUCUUUUACUGAGAAGGAAUAAAUUGGAUUAGACAAA